AUGGCGCUCAAAGGCAUCAGUCCCUUUGCGACGUUCCUCAUCAUAGGCCCCGUCUGCUUCUUCCUCGGCGUCCUCUUCGCCUCCUUCCCCUACGACUACUACGUCCUCUGGACCAACCCGCCCACCGACCUCGCCAACCCCACCGCGGACCCGCGCAACCCAUUCUUCGACGCGCAAGAAAACCACCUCAAAUUCCUGCACGCCGCUCCGCCGCUCAUCUCCCGCAUGCUGCACAUCAUCAUCGGCACGGGCUUGCUGGGGCUCAUGAUGAAGCUCUACAAGCCGAGUGAAGCGAAUAUGCUCUUUGAUGGAGCGAGCUUGGUGCUGUAUAUGAUUGGCGUCACGGUGUAUAUUGCGAAUAUCGUCAAGGGCAUGCGGACGGUGACGCUGGGUGCGUAUGGGGGCGCGCCGGGGACAGCGGGGGAGAUGACGUCGGAGAAGGGGGUGGAGGGCAGUGAGGGGGAGUUUAUUGGGAGGGAGGAUAGUUUGAGGGUGUUGAGCGCGAGUAAUACGAUCUUGGCGCUGGUGUUGGUGGGGAUUCUGGUGUUGCAGGCUGGGCAGUGGUAUGCGCAGCGGAAGGAGGCGGAGGAGAUUGAGGAGUUGGACAAGGCGAGGGACGAGAAGAAGAAGGAGAAGAGUAGUGGUGGGAGUGGCGGCGGCAGUAAGAAGAAGCAGUGA